CUUCGAUCAAUCUGGGGCUCUGGGGAUUGCGCAGCUCGGUCAAUUGACUCAAGGGUUUAGUGAAAGCUUCAAUUGAACCUCUCGUGAUUCAUGCUCUCCGGGGUCCGCCCGACUGCGGGCCGCUACUCGGGUCCGUAUCGAGCAUAUCUGGGAGUCUUGCGGUUCCAGAGAGUUCCAGGAUGCUGUUACCAUACUGAUGGGCGAAGUCGGAUAUCAAACUUCUGGAUCCCGACAGGUGGCAUCUCGAAGAAGAAUGUCACGGGAGAAAAAGGUACUCGCGAGAACCGUCGUCGCUCUGAUUGAUAGAUCUAACUCGGAAUUAGAGGAUGCAAAUGAUCUCUUGGUCAGAGGCGGUUUUCUUCGACAGGCUUACUCGGGCAUCUUCCACAUGCUACCUCUGGGACUACGUGUUCAAGAUAAACUAGAGCGUCUAAUCGACAAACACAUGCAAUCAAUUGGUGCCUCCAAGGUUUCUUUAUCGUCCAUAUCCGCCCAAGAGCUUUGGGAGCGGUCCGGACGUUUGACGGACAGUUCGGAGGUGUUCAGAUUUCUUGACCGCAAAGAGUCUCGCUUUCUUCUCGCUCCCACUCAUGAAGAAGAAAUCACCACCCUGGUUGGGAGUCUCGCCAAAUCUUACCGCGAUCUGCCUCUAAGGGUAUAUCAGAUCUCGAGGAAGUACAGAGAUGAGCCAAGACCCCGGCAAGGCCUCCUUCGUGGGCGUGAAUUCAUCAUGAAGGAUCUCUACACAUUCGACCACAGCGUGGAGGAGGCGCUGAAGACAUACUCGUCAGUCAAAGCCGCCUACACGGAACUUUUUAACGAGCUCAAAGUGCCAUAUUUGGUUGCUGCUGCAGACUCAGGUAACAUGGGCGGGAACAUGAGCCAUGAAUUUCACUUUCCCAGCGCGAAAGGUGAGGACACGAUCAUCAGCUGCACCAGCUGCGACAGUGUCUAUAACGAAGAGUUGGCGGAUGGGAAGGCCCAUGGGCCCGAGCAGAUUCCCCACCAGGCACCCCAGGCGGAUGGAUUUGACACCGGAGGAAAGUCCAUCGACGCGGCGUUCACCGUUUCAACGGGUCUCUGGAUGGCUAUUUCCAAGGACAAGCAAACCUUGCUUCGGGGCUGGUACCCGAUAUUCUCCAUGCAAGACGGAGGCCAGGAGCCCGUGAAACGAGAGGUCAAUUCUCACGCUGUCAAAUCCGUCGCGACCGCAGCAGGUAUCGAUCUCGAUCUCAGCGUCGAGAACCCCUUGGAGCAGUGGACGGAACAGAUCAAGUCUGCCAAGGCAUCAGACAGCUCUUCCUACCGACCGCGGGUUAUGGAUCUGUACGAUUCGCAGGUGCGCGUGUACAAACGGCCUCCUCUGAGUGAUCUGCUCCAGCAGGUGAACUGCGAGGUAGACGACAUCGACUAUUCAAUGCUCGACCGAUUCCCCGAGACGACCAGCGGGCUCAACCUGGUCAAGAUGCACGAGGGAGAUAAAUGCGGCCAAUGUGCUCAGGGACACAUGAAAACGCACACUGCCAUUGAGCUCGGCCACACCUUCCACCUGGGCACCCGAUACAGUGAGGUUCUCAAAGCAUCCGUCAUGCUCGACCAAGCCCACAAUGGCGGCGGCACGGAGGAUAAGGUUGUGCCUAUGCAGAUGGGCUGUCACGGCAUCGGCGUCUCCCGCAUGAUCACCGCAGUCGCCGACAGCCUCGCGGACUCCAAGGGUCUCAACUGGCCGCGUGCCAUGGCCCCUUACGAAGCCAUCGUCGUCCCGAUCAAGGGUCUAGAGGAAGAAGCCGAGAAGGUGUACGAUAUUCUCAGCGCGCAUUCCGGCUCCAGCUCUCCGAUCGAUGUCAUCCUCGACGACCGCGACAAGCAGUUGGGCUGGAAACUCGGCGAUGCCGAUCUGAUCGGAUAUCCGGUGAUCGUGGUUGUGGGUAAGGGAUGGAAGAAACAGCAGACCUUGGAAGUGCAAUGCCGUCGACUGGAUAAUCUGAGAGAAGAUGUGCCACUGGACCGACUGUCGGAGUUUGUCAAAUCCUUACUGGACCGACUAUAGUGGAGUGUUCGGCCAUGUCCGCGUCCUUGUACAAUAGAUAGGCGGUGCAAAGAUUGUAUACUAGUGUCUCUAUACCCCUCAUAUUCCCAACUCAUCUCAUUCGCCUUGGACAGGAACCCCGAUCCAUAAUCUCACGUCAAUCAACAACAAGAAAAACCCCUCAAUUGACG